AUGUUGAUCUUCAUAUUUUUGAUCACAAUCUUCUGCCCAGCUACAAUUCUAGCCGAUACAACCUGUCCAACGUGUCCAACCGGUGGAAUCUGGUCAUCAUGGACAUCAACUGAAACUUGCGCAACAACCUGUGGAGCUUGUAGUAAUAUAACUCGUACCAGAACCUGUCUAUCAGAUGCAAGCACUUGCCCAUGCGUUGGAGCAACCACGUCAACAGCGCCGUGUGGUACGGUAGCUUGCAAUUUCCCACGUGUCUCUGUGAACACUACAAAUUGUUGCACUGGAAGUCUGAUGGUUUAUAAUAAUUUGUAUCAUUGUGGACCAAUUGAUGCGGCAUAUUCUUUGUCUUGUUGUCCGACUGGCGGAUAUUGGUCAGAAUGGACAGAUUACAGCUCGAGUACUGGACAAAGCCCGGUAUGUUUAUUGUUUGUGGGUAUUAAGUCUCCCGAAGCUUUCUUGAUGACAUCCGAUCUUUUAGCUAGUCCUAAAUUUUUUCAGAAGCCCGGAAGGUGGGAUUUUUGGAAGGACGCAGAAUCUAAAAAAGAUACAAAAAACUAGAAAACCAGUAAUUUUUUUUCAGUGGACCAGAACUCGAAAAUGCAUCUCAAGUAAUUACGGUUGCCCGUGUACCGGCGUAUCAAGCGAAUCCAAAAAUGUCUGUCCAUGCACAACACCCACACUAAUUGCAUCAGCCGACACAUCGUGUAGUUCAGUAGUUCCAGCAGGUUACAUUCCAUACAACAGUGAUGCUCGUCCAGGAUUCAAUGGUCGUCCAAGCAUCUGCACCGCCUAUACUUUUAUCGAAUCCUCGAAUGCUUUGGGCUCAUUCCUUUAUAUGGACUCUGCGAAUUUAGUCAAAUCAAUGACAGCUUAUAUAAAACCUGAUGGAACUUGUUUCACAAGUGAAGUAUCUCCAGCGGACAGAAUAACAAUGAGUGGUCAAAUUGGGCGGCUCACUUUUACCUGCAAUUUGAAAACUGGAUAUUUCCAAACCAGUGAAAAUGUGGAUUUUGUUAAAUUUGCACAAUUUUAUAAAACAUAA